CAGGGGGCAAGUCAAAUUAAUUUCAGUUGAACCAUCCUUAAGUGACCACUCAUAACGACAAGAUUAACAUGAAAGUUAUCUGAAUGAAUAGUGCCUCUGAGUUCCAGAGCAUAUACAAAAAAUAACAAAUUAUUUGUGGCAUCCCAAACCUGUAGAUGAUCAGACAUAUUCAGCUGGUCAUUAACUGCAGGUUAAAAACAGCAAAACAAUAUUAAUCAAUAACUCUUGAAAGUGAUCAUGUAGUCAGAAUCAAUCACUUCAAGAGAUUAUAGCAUUUUUUGAAAAUGUUGGUGUUUUGGAUAAGUAUUCACCUUUGAGGGGAGGCCUGUACAUGAUUUGCUACUCCUAAGCACAGGAAGCCCACACUAACUGAGUGAACCUUUGUAAUGUUUGAAUUUGGAGGAAAUGUAUGGGAAUAUGGAAAAGGUUCAGAAAUAAAAAAAAACAUGCCAAAGUUAGUAAAAUGCUGGAGAUUGAUAACAAUGGUGCUUGAUGGCAAUACUAGGCUGAUUUAGCAACAGAACAGGAACAUCAGUUGACAAUGGCGCACACAAGUUAAACAACUGGCUUGAUGAAUGGCAGAGCGGCAAAUUGGGCACCGGAAGUCGUGUGGUCUGGCAUUCUGCAUUCAAAUGUAGGGAAACUAGCAAGCAAUGGCCUUUACAAAGCCAGGCACAAAGAUUCACCAUGAAUUCGAUACUAUUUCUGUAAUGUUGAAAUUUUCCAUGGCUUUCAAAUUUCACUAAAAUGCUAAGCAAUGAUUAAGCUCUCAAAAAACCUAUUUUUUUUUUAAAUUAUAGAGUAAUUUUUAAACUGUUGCCUUAAAACCAAAGAUGACACCUUUUUGUGCUUUCAUGAGCAAAUAUAUCUUUUAUCUUGAAAGAAAUAAACUGCACCUUAAGCCAGGUAUAUAAAUUUGGAUUGUACCGGCACUGUAAAUCAUCAUUUUUAAUAAUUAAAGAAACAAAAGGUGAAAAAGACAUUUUUUGGGAUGCAAAAUGUUUGAAACAUUAUAUUUCAGUCCAUACUAUUAGCACACUGGAGGAUUUUACUGGAUUUCAAGAAAAUUCUCAGUUUCCCAAGAUUUCACAUCGUUGUUAUUCUGUUGCAAUGGAAGUGGUGAUGUCAACAAAACCUACUCUAAAAUUUUCUUCAAUGUUAGAUAUGUUGUUUCAUGUUUUUUUGUACAUGCACUAAAGCCAACAAAUGAACGAAUGGAGCAUAACAAAUGAAGGAGUGAGACCUUGUAAACUGGGUGCAAGCCUCCUUAAUUCAUGCAAAAAUAUUUUUCCCAUGCCCUUUCCUGUGGUACAAAAACUAAGUUAGUAAAAAAAAGCAUAACUAAUGUUCUGUUUUAAUUGAUUGACAGGUGUCAAAUGUUAAUUUUAGUAGCUUAACAGCUGAAAUUAGCAUCUGUGAGCCUCUGGUCUCAGACACACUGAGCAUCAUAGACACAGAAGGUAUAAAUGCAUAUCUCCUUCGUCACAAGAAUUCUGUUCCUUUGAUUGAGUUGUUCCCAGUUUAUGAUGAGUCAGGGCAAUGGGAUGAGACAGCAUUAGCAGUUGAACAUGUCAGGUUUGUACCAUGUGAUCAAUUUUAUUUUAUUUUAUUAGCUUUGCCAGAAGAAGACAAAAUAGGAUGUAGGGGAAAAGAAGAAAGAAUGGGUGUGGGGGAGGGGAUCUGAUUAGUAACUGGGAAACCAUAGCUUAGGCCUAUAAUAAUGAACGGAAAGAAACUAAACAGUAAAGUCGUGUUGAAAGUCAUUCUGUGUCCUAGGUCAUAUCACUAUUGUACGGUGUUUUUAAAGGGACAUGAAUUUCUUCUCUCCUAUUUUGUUUUCUGUUUUUGUCCACUGCUCACUUUCCUCGGCUUCUCACUUUUUCCCAGUCACUUUUUGUUUCCUGCUCCUCAGUUUUUAUCUGCUGCUUACUUUUUUUUUCCUGCCGCUCACUUUUUUCCGCUCCUCCAUGGUAGGUACCUUGUAUAUGAUCAUUAUGGUGUAUCGUAUAAUUAUAGCCCUACAUAUCCUUACAUAGCCCAGUGUAGUAAUACUUAACCAUACAACGACCUAGGGAGCCCAACAUAGCCUUGCAUAGCCCUAUAUAGCCAUACAUAGCCAUACACCCACAAACAUAUCCCUACAUAGCCAUAAACAUGCUACAUGUGGCUAUGAAUGGCUAUGUAUGGCUGGCUAUGCAGAGCUAUGUAUGGCUAUGUUGGGCUAUGUAAGGCCUUGUAGAGCUAUAUAUGACUUAAUACGGUACACUGUCACUAUAAUAAUCAUAUAUAAGGUACCUACCAAAAAGUGGAAGGACGGUUUGCUCUAUCUACCAGAAAACUUUCUUCCCUGAUCCAACAUUUGAACAACCCUUGCCUGAAAUUCAUAGGUUCGACUCCAGUGUUUGGAGUAUGCAAAUUUUUCCUUCCAAGCCCCGGGGGGGGGGGCACUUGGGUAUUUUUUGGGUGGGUACGUGCCGCCCGGGACUCCAGAUUGGCACCCCGUUCUAAAAAAAAUUCCCCUAAAAUUGAUACCCCAUUCUAGAAAUGGGCCAAUUUUUUAUACCGCAUUCUAGAAUUUGCCCUAAAACUGAUACCCCGUUCUAAAAAUGGGCCAAUUUUUUAUACUCCGUUCUAGGAUGCAACAAGAGUAUAACAGUUUGCUUCAGUAACGCAUUGAGCCGUAUUUUUAAAAGCAAUCUGUCCUUGAAUAAUUUCAAAUGGCUGCUUACAAAACUGGAGCUUUCAUGCGUUCGAAAUAUUAUACUCCGUUCUAGAAAACGCCCCUAAAAUGGAUACCCCUUUCUAAACCAGGAGCUUUAAAAUCACGACCCCGUUGGCCGGAACAUCCCGUAUAGGUAAUGUAUGGGAGUACCCCCCCCCCCCGGGCUUCCAUGCCACCUUUGUCACUGAUUGAAAAAUUAUAGAGCGUUUUCACUCACGUGGCCAGCAUCUAUUCUAAUUUAUUGGAACAAAAGAAUGCAUUUACAUGAGAAAAGAGUUCAACUCCCAGAGGAUUUUCUGGGUACACCAACAUGGCCGCCGUUUCGUUGUUUUGGAACACCAAUAUGCCCGCCGUGACGUCAUGUGAAAACACUCUAUUUUUCUCAUGUUAUCGUAAUUGAUAGUACUUGUAUGCAGGGCUAAAACGUUACCAAGUUACGCUUAUUGUUUCAAACGCAUCACGGGAUUUAAGCGCGUCUAUAGACCUCCGGUACAGUGUUGUUAAGACCUUUUGUUGACCACCAAAUUUCCAGUAAAAGUCGCCGAUGAAAACUGGCCACAUGUCAAACAUCUUUGAGAUUAGAGAGAUUAAGAAUCACUUUUAAGGCGAACGUUAAGUUCAAGUUGAAAAUCUCUCAAAAUUGGAAACGUGCAGAUAAUAGCUGUCCAAAUAUAAUGGCGUGAAACUACUAAUUUUUGUGGAGAGAUAACGAAAAGUUAACGGUAAGUAAUGAGACAACUUAGUCACGUGGUACAAAUUGACGUUUAGCAUUUGCUCUAAAUGUAAUUCUUAAUUCUCUCUAUUCUAUCAGUAAAGUCAGUCUGAUGAUUGUUCUCGUGGAUAUGGCAUACAACCUUGGAGUUGUAGUCAAACAGAGAGACAGCCUUUUUGUGUUCCCGAAUGCCUGUCUUCAGUUGCCGUUUGACCAUAAAAUACGUUUAAAAUCACAGUUCUUGCAGCCGAUUUUGUUAAGGUGACUCGAGCCAGUUAUUUUUUGAGGGUACCAUCCUACUUUGAAGCUUUCUGGUAUUCCCACCUUUACUUUGAUCGUAAGUCUAACAUAUAGCAUGGAUAACAUAUAGAUCAAUCUACAAUACAGCAUUAAAUUUUUUGGCGAUCGGAGUAAAUGUCACGUGGUUAUAUUGCCACGCCUCUUUGGGGUCUGAGUCGAAAUUCUGCUGUUGCAGGCAUUUUUUCGUGAAAAUUUCUCGGCUACAUAAAGUGCGUAUUAGUGCCUUGCGUUGAACAGAGUUUCACCAAAAUCGCAAAGACCCAAUGCGAGAAAUUCAGCGGUUUCCAAAUUUAGGUCAUAAUUUAUGCGAAAAUGAUAAGCAAACUUUACUCGAUUAUAUCUAAUAAACUAUGAGAUUUAUCCCUAUAUUUCGGGGAUCGUUAUAACAGAUGGGUCCUUGCAAGUCAGCAAAAAGCUUUAGGGCCUUGUAAAUGCGCGCGAUUUCGAGCAAUGAAACAUAUAGAAAUUAUAGUUUUAGCUAGUUGUUGACGUUUGUCAGCGUUUAAGAGUCCUUCUCACGAAAAAACGCAUUUUCUUAAAAAUUCGUAGUCUUUUUUCCUUCAAUUUUGCAGGGUAUAUUUAUUGGCAAUUGAUCCCGGGAUUGUGAAAUUUAUAAAAAAUUUAUCGAGCGGUUUUUUGAAAAAUGCGAAAUUUGUAGGCAUGGACCAAAUUAUGUGCAAAACCUGUAACAAAAGUAGCUGAAUGCAAGUUACUAAAAUUCUUCUUACUCGAGAUCGCCCGGAGCAAUUCUCCUCUUUUUACGCAGUUUUCAAUGGAAUCAAACCACUAUGAGAUGAAGCCGCGUUUCCAAAGCGUAUAAUUUUCUUAAAAAUUUAGCUAAUUGUGUGGAUAGCAUGCUAUUUCACAGUUUUUAUGAUGCUUAAAACUUCGUUUCAAAAUAUCUCGAAAACGCUCUCAUAGAAUUUGUUCAAACUUUGCCAUAAUUGAGCCAAUUAUGGUAGGUACAAACUCCCUUAAGCGAUUUCUUAAAAAAACUCGUGGUACAGAGAAACACAAAGAUAAAUAAAAAACGUAAUGACGUUGUUACGUUGCCAUGGCGACUACGAUUGCAAUAAAACCCAGAUCAUAAGAAAUUUUCAUCUUUAUACAAUACAGUUGUGGUAAUCUUUUUCCAAUAUCUUUGCUCGUGGCGACGUAGUUAAUGAUAAAACUUGUCAGGUAUACCCCCCCAAAAAUCCACUCGAGCCACCUUAAACAUGUCCGAUUUGGGCUGGUAAUGUAACGAUACGUAGAUUCAACCCAUCAUGACUGACCUGCUCUUUUCCAGCCAAUCUCUAUUCCCACCCGCAGGCGGUCUGUACACUAACUUCUUACUUGGGGCAAGAUAUUGGGUUAGACCAGAAUAGGUGGGCAGCCUGGUCAAAAAAUGAUUGUUCCAUUUUAGGUUCUUUUAUGACAACAUCUGGCGAGAAUGGGAUGCAGAUGACGAUGGUGAUUACUGUUUUGCAAGUAGACAUCUAGAAACACGUCUUCAACUUUACCAUGAAAUACAAGAUGGAAACCUGCCAAAGGACCUUGUACAGAGAUACAAAGGUACUCCGCUAACCUUGCUGCGUAUCGUGCGUCAGACGGUACUGAUUUACCAUCUGCUGUUCAAUAACUUUUCUUUUUUAAAAUUUCCAAAGAAUAAAUCAAAAUGAACUAUAGAAUCUUUCGGUGUCAAUCAAUUCUUCUUAUCUUUUCAACGAUAAAGGUUGAGAUGGAUCAGUACGAUCGUCAGUCUUGAUUUGCAUAGUUCUUCGUUUGAUGCCAAAGCCGAAAUGAUUUCCAUAACGUACUUUAUUAAACAAAGUUAUCAUCCCUAGCCUGUUUUAACUUUCUGCAACGCCACUACAAGACUACUAGGAAGUAAUCAUUGAUCUUUAAUUAAGGGUAAAUUUGCGUUAUUUCAAAGCUCAUCGCGAUUAUUCCGCCCACCUCGAUUAGCCCACAGUUAACAAAUUGAGUUGAAUUGUUAAGAACAGCAUCUACGUUCAAAACGAGAAAGGAAACUAUUUUGUGGUGUGUUCACGUUCUCAUAUGAACGUCGCAUUAACAAAUUUCACGUCGUAGUUGAGGAGAGAAAAAGACGAAAUGUACCAAAAAGUAAGAUGCAUGUGCAGCAUUAUUUUUUUGUCCAAUAAUCCAAUUUUUUUUUUAACGUUGUCAAAGUCGUCUUGAUUGCUAAAACUCCCUGAUUAAUAAAGUCGAUACGAUUUUGAAAUCACGCGCAUGAUUUCAGACCAAAGUUGUACUCCACUCAGUUCAAUGACCGUCAAGAGAUGUUGAAUUAAUGCUGCAUUGUUUUUUUGUCUGUGUGCGCGAUUCUGUGCCGUUAUAGAUACUUAUGAGCAAUACGGACAGAAGCUUGCAGAACUGAAAAAGCUUCAGGAACAAAUAGGAGCAAGUGACCUUGACCAAGAGCUUGAUGAAAUGGAUGUCCUUAAAUGUGCACAGAUGUCUGAGUUUUGUGAAUCUUUAGCUCAUUCACUGCAGAUUAUAGAAAAUCCACAGAUGAGGUACCUUUUAGCCUCUGUUUCACCAAAGAUGAUCAGACAGAAACCAAGAGGCAUUAGAAAAGAAGGAGAUGAUCCAGUCACCUUUAUUGUUGCUCCAAAACUACAAGCUGGAAUGCUAAAGUGCUUUCAAGGUAAAUACACUUGCCUAGAUUGUACUUGCACUUUAUCCACCUUUUUAAAUGUAGCGCUGGGUGGUCUGUGGAGUCCCUGGCCCUCUCUUAGGUUUGUCACAACUUAGGUGUAUGCUACGUUCAUCCUCUUGAGGUCUCUUAUUUAUGUUCGCGUAGCAUAAACAAGUAAGAAAAACAUUUUGACUUCUUUAGGAAGCAGCACCAGUCAAUCAAUCAAAUUUGUUGCUCUAAAAUCUGUGGAAUGAAAUUCUCCCUUUUUUGUUUUGACGUCUAAGAAAGAGUGGAGAUCAAACUACGGGCCACUGGGGAAACCAUCAACAACCUAGAAUAAAUGUUUUUGUGGCUAAUUCUAAGGCAACAAUUUGUCCAUGUUAAAUAUUUAUUUUCUUAAAUCAAAUGUCAAAUCGCUUUCUUUGAGACUUAAUAUGAGACUCCUAACUUUCAUCGAGAAGCAUUUGAAAAUUCAUAGUGAGUUUCAGGAAGGUUUAUUUCAACCUCGUUCCCAGGUUGGUUUCGUUCUAGUUGGUAGUACAAAAAGUGUAUUUUGGUCGCAAAGAAUGCCUGGCGGCCAAAAGAGAAGGAACAGAUGCCAUUUUAAACCUUGUUUCUUUGCCAAUGUUCUCCCUUUUCAGCGAAUAACCCCUGGCCCCCACGGGGGUGGGCCUGGAAAAUGGCACUACACCAACCUGGCCCUUUGUUACUUGAGGCGUCUGUACUGAUGUAUCAACAAUUUUGCCAGUGGUUUAUCUGAACACCUACCGAUGAUAAUUUGUUUUUUUUUUUCCUUCUCGACAGACAACACAGUGAUAGAGCAUUUCCAAUGCUUGGGAACGGCACUCAAUAGAUAUUAUAAAGGAGACACAAUUGUUGUUUAUCCAGGAAGAUAUAUGCUCGAUAAAGCUUACUAUCUUGCAGAUUCUCUUCAUAUUGUGGGAAAAGGAAAUUCUUCCGAGAUUGUUGGUAAGAGUAUGGGUAGUAGCCUUUUAACAGUAUACAUGUAUAUUUAGCUACUAAGGGGGCUUCAAACAGGCUUUUAAACAUUGGUCAUUUUGACCCGUACGUUUUCCGAUAUGUCAGAAAAAAACAACUCCACAAGUCCUCUAGGUUGUUAUUUACAUUCAAAAUAGACGAUUUGUCUUUUGUGUUCUGGUGAAAUGGCCCUCCUGUGAAGACAGUAUGACGUCAGUUCACAACAUUUGGAACCAUUUGGUCCCACCACCUUUGAGGGAAAACUCUCCAUUUCGAUGAUUUAUUUACAUAGUUACUUGUCACUCCAUGAAGAAACAGCAGAAAAAAGGCCUCAGUCUAAUUCAAUCCUUUUAGUAUUUAACCUUCAUAGAAAGUGGCAGUAUGGUAAAAUAACGCAACAGUAUCUUAGUCUGUUGCAGUGACAAUGAUGAAUUCACGCUUGAAUGCAAUGCGUGUGACAUAAGCAUCAAGAAUGUAAGCUUUCAGCAGGAUGGAAAUGAUAAUGAAGGACUAAUUAACAUCAAUAGUGGCUGUGUCACAAUUGACAACUGUGAAAUGAGAUGCGUGACAAAUGGCGUGACAGUAAAGAGCAGUGGACAGAUAAUUAUGAGAGACAGUAAACUCCAUGGUGCUAAGGUAAGAGUAUUCACAUUUAUUAUUAUAUUAAAGUGUAAUAAUAUUCUUAUUUGCUUUUAGAUAACUUUCUUGACAGGUUAGAUACAAAGCUCAAUAAUGGAAGUACAGUCAACAAUUGAAGUUCUCGUAACGACCACUACAGAAAUUCCAGCGAUCGCAAGCGAUAAGUAUGGUAAAACAAUAGAGGAUGAUCGCUUACGAGAGCUUCAGAAACUCAUUAAUAAUUCUGGGAGGUCUUUGCCACGAAGGCUAAGUGGACUCUUACAGUUACAAUACUGCACUGUACAAUAUCUUUAACAACGAAACAUUAGUGCAGCGUGCAGUUUCAUUAAAGUGAUGAUUUAGUAGUCGAUUACUAGAGCUUACAAACAAAGAAAGACUCCAGUUAGUUGGGGAAUCCCAAAAGUGGUCGCAGUCGCUUGCGGGAAAGGUCGCACUUGCGAUAGCUUUUCAUUACAAAGUUCAAACCGGGUUUCACAAAGGUUGUGGUACCUUGAGCUGGUCGCUUACGAGAGUGGUCGAAAGGAGAGCUUCGACUGUACUAUUAAUUUGCCGUAUUCGCUGAAUGUUUUGUUUUGUUCAUACAUUUAAUUUUCUGGAGAUGUUGAUCAUCUCUCGCAUUUCUGUAAGUAUAACUUGCAAAAGUAUUAAAAGGAAUAAUGAUGAUGGAUUCUCUGUUUCGUUUGAGUUCGCAAGUUCCGAAAGCGUCUUUGAGAGAAAAAAAAUACCGAAAAUGACAUGGAAGUGUGAUGAUAUAAUCACGCUUCAGACAAAUAUGGUGAAGAGAUGUGAUAAACACCCGUUUCUUCUAGGAUUCCUUCUCUGCCCUCCUUAAAUAAACUUUCCCAUAAAGAUCUUCGUAAACUUCUGAACGCUUACCGUAAAAGGGAAAAAAUUCUUCCCAAUUCUUUGGUGCCUGGACAUCAGUUAUAACACCACGCUCGCUGCGUGUCGUGUUCGAUAUAUUACGUAAUCUAAUCCAAUGAAUUUGAUGACAAAAGGGGGAAGUAAAGACGUCUCCUCCUGUAAACAUUCACAAAUUGCACCCUAUACUGAGGUUGUUAUUUAUCCAGUCUGCAGGAAUUAUAGUUUACCGUGGAGCAGGUGUUUGUCUAGAAAACAACAAGUUCUAUGAUAAUGGAGAAUAUAGCAGCGAUUCUCCAUCAGAGCAACCCACUGGAGCCAUUUUACUGGAGGUCUGUCGUAUUUUUACUAACAAAAUUAAAUGCCAAAUGUAUCGAGAGUGCUUGAAAAUUAUUUCAAAUCGUUUCUUUUCUCUGUGGGUGCGUUCAAUUUGGAAAUCUGGAUUUAGAUUUUAAAAUCCGGAUUUUGGAUUUACAAUCGAAUGCGAAAUCUGAAAACGGAUUUCAACACUGAGAUAUCUGUUCUUGAAUUCCCUUUCUUUCCGUUUUUUUGGGAAAUCCGAAAAAGGAUUUGAUAAACAGUUCUUAAGAACAGCGGCCUUGCACGCUCGCGCAUAAUUAGCAAAAAGAAGACCACAGUUCACGAUAAUAGUUUUGCAUAUUCUUUUUCGGAUUUCCCAAUCAAAUAGUAAAAGGAAAUCCAUGAAAUCCGGAUUCGGAUUUCUUAAUUGAAAUCCACCAUAAGGACGGAUUUCUCGGAGGUGAAAUCCGUUUUCGGAUUUCGCGUUCGAUUGCAAAACCCGAAAUCCGGAUUUCCCAAUCGAACGCAACCUGUAUGCCCCGGCUAAACAGUCCAACAUUUUCGCCCAACAUCAUGGUUGUCAUACACAACAUGGGUGACUAAAGAUGUAAACAAUGCUUGACCAUACAGCGAACGAACCCGCAUAGGCAUUUUGGGCACGGAUUACAGCUGAAACUGUAAGGUGCAUCUUAACCCUUUAGCCCCUGAAAAAACUCCGUUUGAUUCUAAAUAAGCCAUUUUAAGGUAACUAUUUGGCCAAACCCUGGUAAAUAUCCCUCUUAAAAUCGAGCGUGUGCCGAAGACCAAAUUUCGAGAAUUGCCGGGUUAUAAAAGUGGGGCACUGGUCCGGGCCGUAAGUUCUUUGUUGUUUCCCUUCUCAAAGAACCAAAAGAACGUCAGCAUGGAAGGCUACUCGACUUCUAACUUUCGCUUUCUCUCCUCCUUCUUUAUUUCCCCCUCCCUCCUUUUCUUCUCUUUAGCUGGACAUCUACUAGGUUUCAUUUCGUUAGGAAAAGAUUUCGCAAAAACCCGAGGAUCAUAAAAUUAUGUUGAUAUUUUGAAGGAAAUACAAGCAGGUAGUGGAAUAAGAUUAUCCUAAUUUUCUGGUUACCUUUGGUUUUCUCUUACUCGUUUAACUGAAUUGAUUCGUUCAUUUGGUAAUUUUUGAAAGAUGUCUAUGACCUUCAAAACUAGUGACGUCACAAGUGGUACAAGGGAUGUGAAUGCACAUAUGUUGUUUCCGGUGGUUGAGGCCUGCCGUGACUGUGCUAUUAAAGGCCACAGUGUUGUCACAAAGUUAAGGGUUCUGAUUGGUUGCUUUCUCUUUCCAACUACUGUACUUCGCUUUGUUCAAGAGGUAACUAAGCAAUUUAAAACUGUGAAAAAAAAGUUAGAUGAAAACUGCUUGGGAAACCAAUCGAAUGCAAAGUUGAGAGAGGAAAGUACUGAUAAACCUUUACUGAACAUAGUAUUUCAACUGACAUCAAUUCCUGUUGAAUGAAUAUGUUGGAUCGUUGAGCCGCAGCUUUGGAGUCAUUUCGAAUCCUUGUGCAGCUGCCGGCCAAAACGUUUCUGUUAUGAAUCGACAUUCCACAAUAUUUGCCAAAGCACCUGUUCAAAUUUAAAAAAAGAUUUUUUUUUGUUGACCUUUAAAAGAAAUGGUCAAAGUAUGCGCAUAACUUUAAUGUUGAAUAUAAUGCAAAAAAUCUUUUGAGGUUUAUUUUUUUCUUGGACUCUUUUGUUCGUUCUUCUUAUUUAUUUAUUAUUUAUUUAUUAUUUCGGAGUUCCAAAACCCUAACUUUCAAAACGAGACUAUGUGCGAAACCUUUCUUGUAAAAUGAAUUUUAUUUGCUUGAGAAUAAAAUGAAAUGGUUUUCGUAUCAAUGGCUUCGCACUUAGCCUCGCUUUGAAGCAGGGGCUUGAGACAUCUCGAAAAUGACCUAAUAAGCCUCCUGAUUUUUUGCAGGCAGUGUCAGAUUUUCGAAAGACCAAAGCUGUUCUGACAGACAAUUAUAUUUCAAACAACCACUAUGGUAUCUGUGUGAAGAAAGAUGACAAGACGUACAAUGCAGCCAGUGAAGAUCCUGAGCAUGGCGUGGAAAUAGAAAUGUCAAACAAUGUCUUUGAGGAUAAUAUUUAUGGGGACAUAAGUCACGUCCUUGUAAAUGAGGACUAAUUCCAGCUUACUUGCUGCCUUCAGUCAUAAAGAGAGAGUCCAAGCGUUAUCCAGAAGGGCACCUCCACCGUCAAAUCUAAGUCUUAAAGUUACAGACACGAAAGAUGGUGGAACCUUACUCAUUUACAUCACGUGAACUAACACUCAUUUGAACUAACAAUCUACAUUGGGACCAAGAAAAUAGUAUACAGA